UAAGGUGUUCAUAUUAUAUGAAUAGCUUCACUUUGCCUUGGAAGAAAUGACUUUCUCUUCUUCUUCUUCUUCAUUAUUUGAACCUCUCUUCUUCUCCUUCAAACCACGCAAAAAUGGCAACUUCUCUCUUUUCUGAUCAUCAAACCCGUACUCCUUGAUUCUCUUACCACCCUGCAUCUUCACCGUCUUCCCAUGCAUCAGUUUUCCGUUUUGAUUCUGUGUUCUUAGGACUGUUUUUUUUUUUUAAAGAAUGUUUUGUUGAGUUUCUGGAUAUGGCGGCUUCCAUGAACAACUGGCUAGGCUUCUCUCUUUCUCCUCACCACGACGCUCAGCCCCAGGAGAUCUCGUCCAUCUCCGCUUCUGAUGACGUCUCCGCCGGCGGCGGCGGCGGCGGCGACUGCUUUGAUCUUAGCUGCCGGAGAAUGCUCCCCUCCGCCUCCCCCUUCGGCAUACUCGAAGCUUUCAGCUCUAGAAAUAGCCAGUCUCAAGAGUGGAGUCAUAUGAAAGACGCGGAAACGAUGAUGUUCAGUCAACACGGCGGCCUUGAAAGCCAGCAAGAAGUUGCACCCAAGCUGGAGAACUUUCUGGGAAUCGGAAGAGACCGGCAGCUUCAACCUUGCACCACCGCCGCCGCCGCCGCUAACGCUAACAAUAACCCUACUUUUGGGCUCUCGAUGAUAAAGAACUGGCUGCGCACUAACAAAACUGCCAGUGAUAACGGCGGCUGUGUGGCGGCGGCCGGCAUGAUGAGCAGCUCUCAAGCCCUGUCGCUGUCCAUGGGCGCGGCGUCGCAGCCCAGCUCCGCCGCCGCAGCUCUCCCGUUACUUAAUAUCAGCGGCGGCGAGAACGAUCAUGUUCAUCUCCAGAAUAACGUUAUUGCUGCAAGUACUAAUAGCGCAGGUUGUCUGUCGGAGAGCGAGAAUAAUAGUCAACAGACUGAAAAUGGAACGAGCCAAUCUCCGGCGACCGCCAUAGCCGCCGACGCACAAACUUCCACCGCUACUGCCAACGGACUUGACGCCACGUCGCGGAAAUCCAUCGACACCUUUGGUCAGAGAACUUCUAUUUACCGCGGCGUCACAAGGCAUCGAUGGACUGGGAGAUAUGAGGCACAUUUGUGGGAUAAUAGCUGUAGGAGAGAGGGACAAACCCGCAAAGGAAGGCAAGUUUACUUGGGAGGUUAUGACAAGGAAGAAAAGGCGGCCCGAGCUUACGAUUUAGCUGCACUCAAGUACUGGGGUCCUACUACCACCACUAAUUUUCCUAUUAGCAACUAUGAGAAAGAACUGGAGGAGAUGAAACAUAUGACCAGACAAGAGUAUGUCGCGUCAUUACGAAGGAAAAGCAGUGGAUUCUCUCGUGGUGCAUCCAUUUAUCGCGGUGUAACAAGGCACCAUCAGCAUGGAAGAUGGCAGGCUAGGAUUGGAAGAGUAGCUGGAAACAAGGAUCUUUACUUGGGCACUUUCAGCACCCAGGAGGAAGCGGCUGAGGCAUAUGACAUCGCCGCCAUAAGAUUCCGGGGACUGAACGCCGUUACCAACUUCGAGAUCAGUCGAUACGACGUGAAGAGCAUAAUGGACAGCGCCACGUUGCCCAUCGGCGCGGCGGCUAAGCGGCUAAAGGAUGCGGCGGAGCAGUCGGAGAUGUCACAAAGAACAGAAGACACCCACAACAACAUCGGACUCCUCUCACAUUUCACCGACGGAAUCACUAGCUACGGCGCCGCCGCUCACCACCACGGCUGGCCCUCCAUCGCCUUCCAGCAAGCUCAGCCGCUCAACAUGCAUUACCCUUACGCCGCCGCCGCCGCCCACCACCAGAGGCUCCCACUGUGGUGCAAGCAAGAACAACCGCACGAUAACGCUGACGUCACUCACAGCGGCAUUCAAGAUAUUCAUCAGCUUCAGCUCGGCUACAGCAGCGCCGCCGCCGCAGCCGCCGCGGCGCACAAUAACUCUCUGCAGCCUUCCGUGAUACACAAUCUGAUGGGCUUGGACUCCUCUUCGAUGGAGCUUAGCUAUGGCGUCGCCGGAGAAGGAGGUAACAACAACGGCGGCUUCGUGAUGAUGCCGAUUGGACAGGAUGGGACCCACGGGUUCGGAGAAAACGAGGUUAAGCCACUCGGCUACAAUGACAACAUGUUCGGCGGUUCUUCAUCUUCCCCGGAUCCAUACAAUCAAGAAAGAAGCUUCUACCUCUACAACCAGCAACCGCAAAACCCCGCCGCCACAUGCAACAACUGGGUCCCAACCGCCGUUCCGACCAUCUCGGCAAGGGCGGGAAAUAUCGCCGCCGUUCCGGCCACUUUUCCGGCGUGGAAUGAUACAUAGAACGAACUAUAUCUUCUAAUCAGAGAUAGAAGGUGGUGGGGCCCUUCAGUUAGAAGGUGUAUUAUAACUAGUUUUUAUUUUUUGAAUUCUCGUUUUAAAUUAAUUAUAACU